UUUCGCUUCUUUCUUUUUCUCUUCAUUUCUCCUUGAUGAAUUUCUCUUCAUUUUCCCUGCAUAAGAUGAAACUCUAGGUACAGAGAGAUAGUGUCUGUGGGCACGUAUUUGAGUUUUUCUGAAGUGGGUUUUGAGGGGGUUUUAUGGGAAGAUGGAGGGAGAUCGCCAGAUCGAAUUGAAGAGAACAGUGUUAGAUUGCUAGCUAGUCAUUACAGUGGUGGUGGAGUAGCAGAGUCCAGGUGGGUGGAUGGGAAUGACGUGGAUCCAGAGUCACCUCCACGGUCUUUGCUUGAUAAGAAUGAUAGUACCGAUGGGUAUGGAUCCAUUAGGAUGAGGAUGGUGAAGAAGCCCAAGAGAGCUGAUUCUUUUGAUGUUGAAACCAUGUAGAUUGCUGCUGCUCAAGUUCACCCCUCUAAGAGGUAGUAUGCUGUCAGAUCAUCAGCCAGCUGAUGAACAUAUCUCAAGUCUUAGGCUUAAGUUGCCCACUGCAGAGAUGGAAAGGACCUUAAACAUAAAAGACACUUUGAAGAGGAAGUCAUCCUUGAAAAAAAUUCUCUUCUUGUUGAUUCUCAUGGGAACUUCCAUGGUUAUAGGAGAUGGUAUUCUGACUCCAGCUAUAUCAGUGAUGUCUGCUAUUAGUGGUGCGCAGGGUGAAACACCUCGAUUUGGCACAAGUAGGGGAAGACCUGUUGAUAUUCUCCGCUGUACUGUGAUUGCCCUGUGAUAUUAUGGUGUUUGCUGGUGACAAAUGAGUUUCAAUUUCAGAACUUUUCUGAUGCUAUAUGGUCAACCAAGUAUUCCUACUGCAAUUCAUGUUCAACUUGCUGGCAUAGCUGCAGUCGGUCUGAUGAUUGUGAGCACCACUUUAGUGACACUUGUAAUUCUUCUAAUCUGGCGGACAAAUUAGUUUCUGGCUUUAUGUUUCUCGCUCAUAUUUCAGUUCUAUCAAAAAUCAGAGAGGGUGGAUGGCUUCCACUUGUAUUUGCUAGUUAUUUCUUUUGUGUGAUGUACAUUUAGAUCUAUGAGAGUGUGCUGAAAUACCAGAGUGAGGUAAGGGAGUAGAUUUCUAUGGACUUCAUGCAUUAGCUUGGUUUCAUCCUGGGAACUGUUUAAGAGUUCCUGGAAUUGGAUUUGUACAAUGAGCUUGUCCAUUGUGUUCCUUCAUCUUGGGGCAGUUCCUACUGAGCCUUCCAGCAAUCCACUAGUAUUUGUUUGCAUCAAGUAUGUUCCUGUCCCGGUGGUUCAUCAAGAGGAGAGGUUUCUUUUCUAAAGAGUCUGUCCAAAAGACUACCAUAUGUUCCGCUGUGUCGCCCAGCAUGGUUACAAAGAUGUCAGGAAGGAAGAUCAUCAUGCAUUAGCAAUUUUUAGUUUAAAGCCUUGAAAAGUUUUUGCCGAGGGAGUCUUAAGAUCUUUGCCUUGGAGAGCCUUGGAGAGCAAUUUGAAUGAGUUGGACUUGCAUAGUGUUUCGGUGAUGUCAAAAGGAUUCUGGAGCCCCAGCCAGUGAUGGGAUUGAGGACCUAAAGAUUCCUUUGGUGCAGGACCAAAGAUCAGCAGAAACCAGAACUUCUAUUUCAGGAGAAGCUUCCUUAGCAUUGCCUUUUAGUGUCAUGUGAGCAGAUGAGGACCCAAGUCUGGAGCACGCGGGUAUGAGCUUGCAGCUCUUAAAGAAGCAAGGGAUUCAGGAUUUACUUAUUUGCUUGCACAUGGGGGAUGUGAGAGCAAAGAAAAAUUCCUUUUCGUCAAGAAAUUGGUCAUUAGCUACUUACAUUCAUUCUUUAAGGAAGAAUUGUAGAGGCAGCGCAGCCACAACGUGAGUACCUCACAUGAAUAUCUUGCAAGUUGGGAUGACAUGCAUGGUAUAAUUCAUUGGAUUUUUUUUUGUGCAAUUUGUUGCUGUUGGCCACCUAUUGCGGCCACUGUGAAAACUGAAUGAACUUUUAGGAAGCAAAUCAGAAAUCAUUGAACUUUUGCAUCUCUGCCUUUGCGGCUUUUGUGUGGAAUUCUUGAUGGAUUUGUCCUCCAAAUAUAUUCUUCUUGUCAGUUGUCACCCAUAACUAAAUCACCUUCAUCUUGAAGGAAAAUUCCUAAUGGAAUAUCAUGGAGCAAUCUGCUAAUGGUGCAAAUGCGACCUCAAGAAAAGGUAUUUCUUUCAUUCCUCAGCCUUGGAUGCAUAGCUAAAUUAAACCUGAACCCUGCAAAGUUUGACACAUCUUUUUGACUCCGAAAAUCCAUUUUCGUGAAUGGUGAUGAAAUUGGUACCUUUUUUACUCUACUUUCCUUGCACAUUUCUGGACUCCAUAUCAAAAUCUGUGGUAGAAAAAAGGGUUUCAGGCAUUGGGUCAAUUUUUUUUCCUUUUUUUUUUUUUGUUCUUGUCUGAUCUUUGAAAAGUGAAGGCAAGAAAAGCAAUGCCAUUUCGCUUUCUUAUCCCUCAAGCACUCGAUUCUUUCAAGUAUCAGCAUCAACAGGUACCAUUUGCUAUAGAAUAUGUCAUAUGUAGAGAUCUUUAAAGCUUGUCAUCAUUUCUUUAUUGAGCA